AUGGGAUGGGAUGCUCAGAAGCAGAGAGAGCCUGCUGCUACUAAUAUUAUUAAUAAGUAUGAGAAUGAUUUGAAUGAUUUGGUGGAGCUAGGCUUUAUGGAAGAUACUAGCAAUGGUAAUAAGUGCACAUUACAGUAUAGUGAUAUUGGGACCCUGAAUGAUAGUAUUUUGAGGCUUGUUGACAUCAAGAAUAUUAACUUGAAGCAUAUCUACAACCUUACAAACAAGAUAUCUGAUGUUGAUAGAGACAAUAGGGACAACAGAAACAAUGAGGCUAACAGAGACAACAAAGAUAACAGAGAUGAUGAAGAUAAUAAAGAUAAUGGGAAAGAGCAGUUCUCAUGUUCUUGA